AUGACAAGUAUCGGUUUGCCCCCGUUGAGGCUACGGCAUGACACUGGGUCGAGGUGCCGUCUGGAUGCUUAUAAAUAUAACGGAUCGGAGUUUGUAGAAGAUACGGCAAUGUCUUCCACGUUUGACGAGGAGCCGAGGAGACAACCCGAAGGAUGGCCACCCACCCAUCAUGAGUCACUCCAACACAUGCCAGUCCACACUCCAAUGCAGGUGAACGGUCGUUGUAGUGAGAGCAGCGGAUCCCCACUGUACCCGCAUCCACUUGCCGCAACGGGAAGGUGGCUCCAUCAUCCGGUUCCCGGUUUCCCUCAAAUCCCUCAACCGCCUUCACCGUUCUUUCAUCAUCUUCCCACAUCGCAAGCACCGCCACCAUUCGCUUUCAUCCACGAAGAAGCGAACAAGAAAGUGGCCGAGUGGCAUGCAGCGAAUAACAAUUCGACUCUUGGACAACAAAUUUGGCAGAAACAAGCGAGAGAAUUGGAAGAGCAACGAAAGAAAUCGAUUGAGAAUGGAAAGAAAUCGCCACCGGCCUAUCUGAUUGAGACGAUACCCCUUCCCACUCAAGUCUCACCACCAGCCAAUAAGGCGGAUCUCAUUGCGCCAAAGGCGAUUCAUGGCGAUACCAGACGUCUCUUGGAGCCAAGCUCUUCUCUUAGUCCCGAAGAGACUAAAUCAAACGGCCAACCGAGUUUCGCGGGAAGUCACUCGGCUACGGACAGUGAUGAAGAUGGACAUAGAAUGGAGGUCGAUCCACCAAAUGGAGCCACGAGUCCUCAGAGACCUACUGGUACAAGGGAAGAGCCGACUCUGGCCAGUCAGACCUUACCCUUCUUGGCAUUGCCUCCUCUACCGCCAAGGCCUGCCAGCUGUAAUCCAAAGGUCUCCACCUCGCUCCCAAAACGCGACGAGCCAGUCGACUCAAAUGCGAACAAGCAGCUCGAGUCUCGAGAAGAUGAUCCAUCAAGCCUUCUCCUGAACUUCUCCAAUCAAUCGUUUAUCAAUCGAGCGGCGAUUCUCGGAAAUCUUGGACUCCCGACGGGUGAUGGGGAAUCUCUGAUGACUCCAAUUCCAUCGGCUUUGGAUCAAAUUCGGGCAUUCACCGAGAAUCCGGCGCUUCUGCCGGACUCGCCAACGUUGGCUAAUGCUUUGGGUGCUGUUUCACAGGUCAUCAACAUGAGCUCCCCGGAAAAAGCCGACGAUCCCAGCAAACCGGCAGGUUCUGCACGAUCUCGUAGCAGCAAGCAAAAGGUCUACAAGUGCAAACAAUGCCCACAUACCGACACAAAUAAGGACGAUCACUGGGCUCACGCGCGAACUCACAUUCCAGCGGACAAGCAAAUGAACUGCCCACAGUGCAUGUUCGUCACCGAAUACAAGCAUCACUUGGAAUACCACAUCCGAAAUCACAUCGGCUCGAAGCCUUUCCGUUGUGAGAAGUGCGCCUACAUGUGCGUAAACAAGAGCAUGCUCAAUUCGCAUAUGAAAAGUCACAACAAUGUGUAUCAGUUCCGUUGCGCUGAUUGCACAUAUGCGACAAAGUAUUGCCAUAGCCUAAAGCAGCACUUGAAGAAGUAUGGACACCGGAAGAGAUCUGAUGAAGGAGAUCACAGCCAAACGCCACAGUCAAUCGGCUCCGUGGACUCGGCCUUCCAACGCUUGACGGAGAGUGUCGGAUUGAACAUUGGAGGACCGUUGGAGUUGAAGCCACCACUCCCACCGACAACUCUUGCUCAAAGCCUCGGAUUGGGCUCUCCAUUCUCGCCACCACACGGAUUGAACUAUCCCGGCUCGCAGCCAGGACCCCUAAAUCUGCUCCUUCGUCAGAAUCCGCUCCAACUCGAUCAGUUGCCCGGUCUCUUGCCAGGACUUCCACCACCAAAUGUUCCCCUUAAGUGUACUGUUUGCGAGUUCUCCACCGGCUCUCAGGAAGACAUGAUUCGUCACAAUAUGACCCAUCUCAACUUGAACUUGUUGGCGCAAGUGAGUCAAUCGAAUUCGGUACCAUUGCCGCCGUUCUUGUCGAGUCUUCAACUUCCACCACUUCCACCACUCCAUCCACCAAAUAGUCACGAUAGUGGGAUUGAUGUGGUUAAAGAGGAGAGUGACGGUCAUGAGAUGACUCCAGAGCAUGAAAUCGGAGAAUCUUCUGGAUGUUCUUCAAGCCCGAUGGGAUCAAGUGGCGAAGAAGAAGGAAGAGAUGGAGAAGGGAAGAGGAAGAGAAAAAUGAGGAAACUCGAAGAGAUCUCUGCACGAUUGAGUCAAGGAAAGAGCCCGUCACAGAGAAGUGACGACUCGUCAGCACAAGACAACAACAAUGACGAUGAUGCUCUUGUCGCUGAACCGAGCUCUUCACCAUCGGAUGUUCAUGUGGACUCUCUUCAACGAACUCCACCUGCUAUUGCUCACCCAAUGCCAACUCUCCCCAAUGUGGAAGGUCCUCUCUCUAUCUAUCAACAAGCACUUCUUGCUCACAUUAGCUCAAUGCAGAUGAAGCGCGAUGAAGAGAAUCAAGCUUUCCGUUUCAUGUGCCCACACUGCAAGAUGGCUUUCGCGGAUCAAUCCCUCUACCACAUUCACAUGGGCUACCACGGCUACGAGCACGUGUUCCAAUGUCAGCGUUGCGGUCACCACGCUCACGAUCCACUCAAUUUCAAUCUCCACCUUCUGCAAGCAUCUCAUCAA